UUAGGGGUUUAAAACUGUCUGUAAGUCAUCGGAGUUGUUAGUAUACCCAGGGUGGAAGUCUAAUGACCAAGACGGUCUCCUGAAACUUAAAAUACAUAUAUAUUGAAAAGAUGAAAUGGAUUUAAUCUAAUUUUCAUUUUAUUGUGAAAAUUCCGUCACGGUUCGUUGUUUAGGAUUUCUCGUUUUAUCAGAUGUAGCCUCGGUUUACGUGCGUGUGCGACUAGACAAUAAUACAAUAAUAUAUACUCUGUUGUGAAGGGAAUCUUCGAUAUUAAAAAAAAAACGAAACAUGGAUUGACAUCUCCCACGAUAAAAAACAAAAUGCAUUUUCCAAAAUAGAGGAAUGUUCCAGUGAUGUCAGCUUUCGAUUAGAAAUGUCAAUGUUAAAUACACAAGAAACGGAGCCGAGAAUUCAACCCAAGCACGUUGAAAAUUCGUCGGAAAACGGCGUUUCUGGGUCUGAUCCGAACUCUAGUGAUGCUGAAUCUGAUCCUAAAACUCAAACCAGUCAGAAUGCACUUCAAUCCGGAAUAAAACCAAUUCCCAAGGCUAGAUCAUCAUCCGAGAUUCAGCCCUCAGAUACAUGUAGAAAACAAGAGUUUGGUAGAAGACACAGUGCUUUCGGAAAUGAAAAACAAAUCCCGUCUGAACUCUCCAGACAAGGGGAAGAAAAGAUUACGAAUAUUUCGCAUGACAGUGAGAAUCUUUUGUCGAAACAGACUGAUAAAAAAUACGCCACCUCGUCUAAAAUGAGAAGGAAGAGUGGAUCGGACAAACAAGAGAAUAUAUCAGAAAGUGGGGACACUGAGAAUGGGUUUCGAAUAUCAUCAGAUCGACGCCAUUUUUACACAGUGAAUGACUCCAGUGAAGAAAUUUUAGCACUAGUUGAUCUUGGUGCAAAUCGAGUUCAUCGCGAUUCCACAGGUAGAUACCAUGACUAUAUAACUAACGUUUCCGAGAGAACUUACGAUGAAAAUGAAGACGAUAUCAUGUUGUGUGAAGAAGAAACGGAGGCAGAAAGAAAGGCCAUUGCCGAAAAACUAAGGGACAACAUAUCGGUGGUGGCAAGUAUGAUGUACGGGAUCCUAAUGUCCGUCCUGGCGGCAGUCGUCCCCAUCACAGAAACCUUCGCCUCCCAGAGUCCCUCCCAAAUGUUUGAGAUCUUCUACAUCUUCAUGUACCUGGUGAGCUUCAUAUUCGUCAUGUACACCAACUUGUUCAUCUUGAAACGGAAAUCCCGGUUGAUGAAGUUUCUCCUGGCAAUAAUAGGCCGAGUCAGGGGCCUUUUGAGGAACAAGUCAGACAAAGGCGUGGUCAAUGGGAGGGCCGGGGAGGAACCUUCUGCAAUAUCCCGGCGUAGUUUCAACACGGAUACAACUCAUUUGAUGUACUCAGGCAGUUUUCCGCUUAGAAUUGGUGCUGUAGUGUUCGGAGUGGCCAGCAUGGUUCACAGUGGGUUGAACUUUGCCUACUUCUUCCAAGUGCGUGACGGUAACGCCCAGUGCCACCACCCCGUGCAGGCGAUCAAACCUUUCAUGCAUCUGACCUUCACCUUCACACAGCUAUAUUUCAUUUUCCUGCACUCAAAGCUUGUGUUCACACAUCAGAAGUGUAUAGCUCGUCUUGGAUUAAUGCAUCUGUGCUGUACCAACCUGGCUGUGUGGUUUAGAUGCAUAAUCCUUGAAACGCUUGAUGUUCUGAGCGGGUACCAUCAUAGAGGAAGUGGGAAAACUGGACCGGAAAACGUCACAGAGAUUCCUCUAAUCAAGUCGUCUGCUGCCUCUCGGAAGCUUCUAGGCAUCCCCGAAUCCCAUUUGAUACUCAUCAGCCUCCCGAUGAACAACAGCAAUGUAUUCCCCGAGCUCUCCUGCUUUUGGUCGGAUAUAUUUGGAAAGUUUGUUCAAACAGCAGGACCAUACCUGUACCCUUGCAAGAUACAGUACAGCUUGAUUUGUGCAGCCAUUGUGUACGCCAUGUGGAGAAAUGUCGGACGAAAACCUUCCUCACGUGACCAAAAUGAUUCCGAUAACAGCAGAAGACUGGAUUGUUCUAGCUCCUUUCGGGGACUUUUUGCCGGCAUUUUAGUUGCCGUGGGAACAGUUAUAACAAUGGUGGCAUUUUAUGUGCUGGUAACACUACACCCUAUGUCAAGUACUGCCAUUAUCUUAAUUCAUGUGUCCGAAACGACCAUGUUUCUAUUGAUGACUGCUUCCAUAAUAUUAGUGGCAGACAGAAUGAAGAACAUGAAGUUCAAACACGUCUCCUGGAAGUUUUCUGUGGAGCUUCAUCUGUUGUUUCUAUCUUUUGCGGGUGUAUUUGCUUUUGCUGUGUUUGGAGUUAUUGCAGCAGCCUUUGAAACCCACAAGCCAAAGGGAGUUCUGAAUAUUCUUACAAAUUUGUUUAUGAUUUUGCAGUCCACGAUGCAAGUUCUGUUCAUCGUGGCAGGGACGAAAUUGAUAUCUGCGAAUGAGUUACAAGAACAGAGGAAACGCGGGCGAGAAUACGUCAUGUUUCUAAUACUCUGUAACUUUGCGCUGUGGUUGAUGAACACAUUUGAAACACAACAACCCGAGCAUAAUCCGGUACAGAUGGACUUUUAUGGGCCCCUAGCUUGGUCUGUUCUCACUCAUAUCACAGUACCUUUGUCAAUCUACUUCCGGUUUCAUUCUUCUGUGUGUCUUAUCAAUAUUUGGCGAUUUGCUUGGAGAUACCGAUCUCCCCGGGAAACAGAACGAGAGAGUUCUUGUUAAUCAAUUCCUGUUGGCGCAGUAGACUGGUCCUGUGUGCAAGAAUUCCUUUUUUAUAUUACACAUUUUUUAGCGUUUGAUUUUAUAUACCUGAUUGAAUUUUAAUGUGAUAUACCUCGUCUGCGAAAUUAACAAUAAUAUUUCAUUGUGUGAAAAUCGUAAAAUGAAUAAGUAUAUGCUUCGUUGGGAACGCAAGACAGGUUUCGCAUACGUUUACCUACCAUUAUAGGCAAACUUGCUGAUAUUUCCUCUGUUUCUCGUUUUGAAAAAUAUCAUUGCACAUGUACUCAACAUAUCAAUGUGAAAGCGACUUAUUAUGUUUUUGAAAGUUUAAUUUAAAAAAAAACAAUGAUCGUAUAUUAAUAUGAAAAAAAUACAACAGAAACUGUUUUUUUAAUUUUAUUUUUAACGAUCGGUGAUAUUUUCGUCACAUGAACAUGAUUUUUUUUUUAAAUCGAGGAAAUUCCAGCUAGUGUAUCAAUGGUCAAAGUAAGCGUACGCAAAAGUAGCCUGCCAUUGGGCUUUUCCAACAAUAAUAAGUAUGUUGAAUAAACAUAAAUAAUCAGAGUUUAAAAAAAUCUUUGUUGGGUUAUUUAUAAAGUAUACAGUCUAAAAAUUGAUGUGUCAUUUAGCUUGCAUCUGGUCACCGACUUUGAUACUUAUAAAGUUGAUAGUAACAUGUACUUAUAUGUUUCAGUUAUCAAAGUUUUUAAAUGAAAAACUAUGCAAAAUGGAUAUGUUGUAAUGGCCUAUAG